AUGAAUGAUAACACUGAAAAAUACCCACCGAAUAUACAGAAAUUGUUUCAACCGAAACCACCAUUUCCAUAUAUAUCACCAAUAGAUUACCCACCAGAGAAACGAUCGACGAAACCCAUAUCUCCGAUAUCAUCACUUAAACAUGAAAUUGAAAAAUACAUAUCUCAAGAACUACCGGAACGUGAAUCAAAAGCUCUGGCGGUGCCGAAGAAGAUUUCAAAAAUCGUGAAACACAAGCAAAAACAGCACGAAGCAAAUUUGAAACGUUUAGCCAAGGACAAAGAUCAUGAGCGACAAUUAGAAGAAUGGAAUAACCCGACACUUUUUGCAAAACAAGAACGUGAAUUUAUGAAAGAUCCGUUUAGAACAGUUUUCAUUGCUCGAUUGGAUUACAAUUUAACUGAAUUGGAUAUAUCUCGUGCAUUUGCUAGAUAUGGAAUGAUUGAAUCUAUAAAAAUAAUAAGAGAUAAACAAGGUAAGUCACGAGGGUAUGGAUUUGUGGUAUAUGAAAGAAAUCCCGAUGCCGUAGCUUGUGUUAAUGAUCUAAGUCGAACUGGAUUAAAGUUGGGGAACCGACCAAUUCUCGUUGAUAUUGAAAGAAGCAGAGUAUUGAAAAAUUGGCGACCACGCAGACUAGGUGGAGGAGAAGGUGGAAGAGGUUAUGUUAAAGAGGGGAAAGUACAAUCUGUAGCUGCUACUGCAAGAAGAACUAUCAUUGCCAAUAAUCCAGCUUUUAACACUGCACCACCACCGCAACAUGACCAACAACAACAAUUUCAAUAUCAACAGCAACAGCAACAGCAACAGCAACCUCAAUACAAUACUUAUCCAAGUUCCUAUCAGCCGCAAUUUCCACAGCGUUACUCUUCUGGACCAAGAACUGCACUGGAUGUGAGAGCUCCAGCAACAUCAAUAAAAGACAAGUAUGCAAAGUACUCGUCUAUUGGGGAUGAUCCAUCUAUGGAAAAGACCUACAGCUACAAACCUGCAAGUGAUGAUAGAUCAAUUAGGAAUAUAAGGAGAAGAGAUUGA